AUGGACGCGACUAGGAAAGCCGAUAUCGCGCGUGCAGUCAAUACUCUGGGUGUCAUACUGGAUAUAUUCACCCGUCUUGGAGCCAGGUACGACUACGAGACGCUACGGUCUCAGAUCUGUGUUAUCCGCCACUCUGAGAUUGACCGUCGCGUGGCCUUUGCUCUGCAUCCUGAAACCAGUAUACUGUCUCGACUCUCAUUCGCCCCAGGUAUCUCUGUUUCGUGCGUGACUUUGACAAAAAAGAUCUUUGAAACAGUAAGAGUAGAAGAAUAUCUCAGAGAACAUGGAGACGAUGUUGACCUUGAGUUUAUCUUUGUCUCCUAUACACGCCUGCAGUUCAGAGUUGCUACAGAACAAGAGAUCGCCAAUUACGACUACCCGAGUGAGGACGAACGAGAAGCGAAUCGGCAAGUUGCGCGAAAAGAUCGUCAGCAACUAAUCGAUUAUGGCAUUGAUGCCGCGCAGCGAGCUGGUAAAAGGGCUUUUUGGCUCGACUUUGAAUGCGUUCGAAAUGAAGAUGGUGUUGCACGGUCUACGAGUAGUAGCGAUGACGUUUAUCGUAUCUGCGAUAUUGUCAGAGCAGCGCAUUCCAUGAUCAUCGCUAUUGGUCCCUCAGCUUCUGAAAAGGUCUCGGCGAUCCUCAAGGGAGAAGAUGCCCCCCGACUUUGUUCGUGGGAGAGUUACUCCAUGGUUACGUCAAUGGGGUUCUCGAUUGUGGACCUAUACGUCGUUGGGGAUAACUCUGAUCCCAAGUCCAUGGCUAAGCGGAACUUUGCUGAGCGUGCGUGGGAUGAUGCCGACGCUGUCAAGGAGCUCGUCGAUCAUUUUGAAGGCUCAGCUAUUCUUACUCAACUGCAUCUCAUCGAGGCUGCCCUUACAUGCUUCAGCCGACGAAAGACGGACCAAUUUAGUCAGGGCGAUAUCGCCUAUGCCAUUAUGGGGCUUUUCCCAAGUCGUCAACGCCCAGCAGUCGACAAAGGAGAUUCGGAUUUCCAGGCCUUUGUGAAGCUUUCCCUAGCCAACGAUAGCGGUGCAUUUCUGGAGCGCCUUAUAUGCCUUUCUCCAUCACCGGGUGCUUCUUGGCACGAGACAGCAGAUCGUUGGGGUGUCAAACUCAGCGAUGUCCAACCCAUCAACAAAGUCACAGGUGUGGUGGCAUCUGACAUUAUCUUGCUGGAUGGAGUGUAUGGGGCAGUGAUAGAAUGGGAUAACCUCAAGGCUGAGGCACUUGUUGACACACGACGUCUUUCGCAACUUCUCAUGAUGUUCAACAUCUAUAGUGUCACUUUGACUCGGACCGCUUUUCUGGUGGGACUUACAGUUACUAUGGUCAUCUCAUCGACUCGAAGUGGCGUGGCGAUGGAUCCCCGAAACUGGAUCAUAUACGUUCUUCCGUUUGUAACGGUCUUCGCUCUAUUCGCCCCUCAUCUUCUCGUUUCAAUUCGAAGUUCUACUGGCAAGCCACUCAAGCCUCGACUAAUUGGCAUUGAAGGAAUGGCAGAUGCCUCAACAGUAGAGACAUAUCUCUGGGGUUUCAACCAUGGGCGAUUCAAGAGCACAACUCCUCAAUCCUACUCAGAUACUCCCGGAAGGCCUCAGGCGUCGUCUACCGCAGCUGGUGACUUCCUUUUCACCCUUGUCGACACCUACAUGAUGACAGUUACACACUUCCACUGUCAGGUACCGCCAGUCGCUAUGCUCUUACUUGGAGAAGAGACUGAAAUGCAACGUGCGGUACUCUGCUCAUAUUACUGGAGACAACAGACGUUCCACCGUCAGACGGUCCUCCGAGAAGGUCCCCGAGACCUUGACCAGAUGCAUCGCAUCAACAAAGUACGCUUCUCACUUAGCCAAUCACCUCAGGGUUCGAACCAACCCCUCAACGUUGGUGUCUCAGAAGCGAACCACGAAGUAGAUAUCGAGGUCAACACCGCCAGACACGAAGUCACAGUGCAAGAAGAGAUGAAGAACGAUAGACCUACUUGGAAGGCUGAGCUAUUGUUUUUGCUGUUGUGUACUGAACUGUCACUGCGACUGCUCAUAUGGACAUUCCUGGGCGACAGGAUCCGAGGAUGGACAGGGCUAGCCCUGAUAUACCAGCCUUUCGAUGCCUUGAGAUUCCUGAGGUACCAGCCAUUCGUUGUUGUCAUGGUGAUGAUCAGCACAGCGCUGUUCUUACUCCCCACGACUAUCGGUAAAGAUAUCAUUGGUCGCCCAGUAGAAGUCAGCUGGUUGGCUGCUCACCAGAAGAUCUUCCUUGCUCGACAUGCGGCAACCUCUAAGUAUGUUCUUAAGGACAUGAUGGGGAUACAGCAGCCUAGACAGGUAAGUGCAGCCAUGGAUAAGGUUGUCACUGUUCUAAUGAGUCUACCAGUCCAUCAUUAUGCGAUGCAUUCGACCGUUAUUAUUCUUCGGAAUCUCUUUAAUGACAACCCUAGAUUCUCAUGA